AUGGCGUCUUCCUCUAGUAGUACUAGCACUAGUAACAGCAACGGCAGCAAAUCCAAGUACGAAGCCAAGCUGCGCUACAAUGUCGAUCGCUUUGCCAAGAUUUUGUCGGAUGAACCGCAAGAUUCGUCACUCGUACAAUGGCUCCAAGAAUCCUACGGAGUGGACAAGACGAACCAGUUGGCGCAGUUAUCAUCAUUAUCACCAUCAUCCGUCCAAGAACAAAAGACACUCCUUCGAGACUUUUUGGAAUGGUUCCGUACCCAGUUUCCCUACUAUCGAGACACGUGCAAUCACUGUGGAGCGAAAGGAUGUCAAUUUCGCGGCAAUCACCCUCCCACGUUGGACGAACAAACGCCAUCACCCAAUACUACUACUACUACCGCCACAAUAAUCAUUGACACGACCGAAGUUUCCUAUUGUCCUCACUGUCAGCAACUGACACGAUUUCCACGCUACUUGUCCGCCAUGGAAAUUGUGAAACGACAACGGGGUCGAUGCAGUGAAUAUUCGCUCUUGCUCUAUCGCAUUCUGGUGGGUGUAUUGGGAUUGCCGGCACGAUGGAUUGUCGAUUGGGCCAAUCACGUUUGGGCUGAAGUCUGGAUUCACGAGAAAUGGGUGCAUUUGGAUCCCUGUGAGGCAUCCGUCGAUCAACCCUUGCUCUAUCAAGGAUGGGGCAAGAAACAAACCUACAUUGUAGCAUUUCAACAAAGAGGACCAGAUCCAUCAUCAUCAUCAUCUGUCACGAAUGGAAACAAGAAGAAUGAUACGGCACACUGUCCAAGUAGUGUUGUCGAUGUCACCAAAGAUUACACCUCGGACAGUUGGGAAACCAUACAAGAGAGACGAGCACAAGAUGGAGUCACUCAAGAAGAGAUUGCGGCUGCUUUGGAUCGGGCCAAUGCGGACCUUCAACAGAUGACGCCCUCAGACAUUAUUGCUACCUAUAGUACUAGUAGAACUAACUAA